GAUCAAAGGGGUAGUUUGUUUUCUUACAAUACAAAGUCAAAUAAUUAUUUAUUAUAUUAUUUAUGGAAAGAUUUUGAAAAUUUUAUUUAAAUAAAUGAUAACAGUGAUGUACAUUGACGUUUAAAUAUUUAUUAUUAUUGCAAAUAAUAAUAAUUAAAAAUAAAAUAAUAAAUAAUUAUUAUAUUUAAUAAAAUGUUAAGACAAGUGAAAGAUUUAAGAAGAGACUUCCAUUAUUGUUAUUAGAGCUGGUGGUCUCUAAUAAAAAUUCAUAAAUGUAUCAUGAUAAAAAAUGAUAGUAUGUGUGCUGAUAAAAAUAAUUACAAAAGUUAUAAUAACAUAAUUAUUUAUUUAUUUUUGUUUUUUAUGAAAUUGUUUGAUUAGCAAAUGUAAUAAUUUGUUAUUUUAUUUUUAAAAUGAUUUUAUAAUUUUUAUAUUUAAAAUAUAAAUAAAAAUCUAAUUAUUUAGUCGAUUACUCAUCAUGCUUUGGAUAUGUUGCAUUUGAUUAAAAAAAGCAUGGGUUGUGUUAAUAGCCGUACAGAUAUAAAUGAUCUGCAUCCAAAUAUAUUCCAAGUUAUGAAUGUUGAUGAUUUGGGUAAUCUGAUAACUCCAGGAAGAUUAGAAGUCACUGAAACAGAUAUUGUACUGUAUCAAAGAGGAAGACAGCCAGUAAAAUGGCCAUUGAGAUGCUUGAGAAGAUACGGCUACGAUUCGGAAAUUUUUAGUUUUGAAUCUGGUAGAAGAUGCUCGACUGGUCCUGGUAUUUAUGCAUUUAAAUGCCGUCGAGCUGAUCAGUUAUUUAAUCUUGUACAAACAAACAUACAGGUUUGUAAUAAUGGCGACGAUGCAAUAUCUCGUGACCUCUCAAUCCCUUCACAUUCCGGUCCAACGAUAACACGUACGACAAUACCAAAUGAGCCAAAUUACCUCGAUCCAACACCACUAAGGCCUAACGGUCGUGUAAAUCCACGAUUUUCUCACAGUCAACAGAAUGGAGUCGGUAGACUAGGAAGUGUAGGCAGUAGUAGUGGUCCAAUAUCACCACAAGGCACUAUGAGUUCACCAUCACCACCUCCAAUGAUGUUGCCACCACCUCCUCCUGUUCCACAACCUCAUCCGUCCGCGUUGUAUGUCAACGACGAUGUCUUAUCGUCAAUGGCUAUUGAAUUGGAGCAUAAUAAUAAUAAGAGUUUACGAAGAAUGCAAAGAUCUUGCACAGUAAGCAGUACAACGUCGAGUAGUGGCUUUACAUCGGAUACAAUAGGAAUAUUAAAUCAAGAAGUUCACAAUCAUAAUCGACCGCCACCGUUGCCAAUGGCCUCGUAUAUGAAUGUAGAUUUAAGCAAUGACGUCAGUCCACUUUCGCCUUCACACAGUACUUGUAUUUCAACAGCAUUAAAAGAAGACACUAGUGAGACAGAUAAUUCACGACAUGCCUAUAUGAAUAUAAACCCCAGUCAAGAAAAUAUUAUCGAGUGCUCAAAUAAUCAACGCACACGACUGCCGGCAUUGCCAAUAUUACCACAGUCUCUUCCAAUUGAUUGGGAUGAUAAUAAUUCCCGUCACUGCUAUGCCAAUCUCGAGCCCAAAGAGAUUGAUAAUUUGCGUAAUAAAUUUACUGGAGUGUCUGUUAGUAAUAAUGAUAAAUUAACAACUGUACCAUCAACUCCACCUGUUGAAGCUAUACGGGAAGUUAAUUAUGCCGUAUUGGAUUUAGAUCAGAACAGUAUUUCUACGUCAGUAUCUGACAAUACUGGAGUUACUGGCAUAGGUAAUUCUGCUAAUACGGCCGCUACUAAUGCGGUACCAUCACCACCAGAAUCACCCAAUAAACCACAAAAAGGAUACGCGACAAUAGAUUUCAAUAAAACGGCAGCACUUUCACAUUCUGUUAAUCCUAAUGGUGUUAAUGAUAAUGAGGGCUCCAGAAAAACACGACACAAUUCAACUAUCAACGACUUAGCAACUCCGUCAAGACAAAGCUCUUCGAUAAGUGAGUGAUUUCAUAUCUUCCAUUAUAUUUUUUUAUAUUAUUGGGAUACUCGCUAUGUAAUAACUCGGGAAAUAUUUAUCUGGCAUAGUCUCGAGGUUUUAGUUUUGUUGAGGGGACCCUCUGGUAUUUAAAUUUUUUUAAAUCAUCUUCCCUAAUAGCCACUUUAGCUUGAAAUUGACAGUAAUUUGACGUUGAAAUUACCGAAAUUUGCUGCCCGAAUUUGCCGACAAUUUGACAGCAAAAGUUGUAAAGAAAAAUUGGCGGUUAAUUUUUUCUUAAUUUAGAGGUGACUUUUUAUUAGAAAAAAAAAAGUCGAUAAUGUUUAUUCUUACCAUUACAGAAAGUAAGCAAAUUGAUACAUAAAAAGUCAAAUUAACAAUAAAUUGAUAUGAAAAUUUGCCUGAAAAUUGACGACAACUUUUCUUGUCAACUUUUGAAGUGAAUUUGCAUUCUGAUUCGGGUAGUAAAUUUACGUCAAAUUAUAUAGCAAGUUGUAUACAAACUGUCGUCAAAAACGGAAAAGUCCGAAGUUGACGGACAUUUGACGAAAAAUUCAAGGAAACUUUUGUAAAUUAAACUUUUGUUAUAACAAACUGUGCUAUUAGGGUUCAUUACUAUAAGACAAUUGGCCCGGUUUCUGACUCCUCAAAAAUUCCAGAUGACGUUUUAUUAAAAUAUGAAUUGUCAUUGACCUUCAAUUUGAACCAAAUAUUGGUCACUUCAAUUUUUGUUAAUUGCACAAAAUUUCCAUUUUUUUUUAAUUUUGAAAUUUUACAAAGGUCAGGAAUCGGACGAUAGUCAAUUACUGGGUCAUUUACCUUACGCGAGCUUUAAAUAAAAUUUUAAUCGGAGGGUCCCCUUGAAAAAAUAACAUUUUUAAAUCGAGAAUACAAAAGAUCUCGAAUAUUCAACGAAAUGAUCUUAUGAUGGUAUUAUUAUGCCGCAUGCACAAUUAAAAUAUAAGAAAAAGAUCUCAUUACAUGAGAAAAUUAUUUAUUUAAUAAUUGUGAUAAAUUGUGUAAAACGAAAAUGCACGUUAUUGGUAUAUAUACAUAUAUAUGUAUAAAUAUAUAUAUACAUGUUUAAAUAGUCAUUGCAAAAUUUAACGGGAUUGCGGCGCAGUUAGUAUUCGUUUUAAAGAAUAAAUAAAGCAUAUUUGUAUUGAACGUUAUCUAUCUUUGAUGAAUAAAUAUAUGUAUGUAGUAUUUUAUAUUAAUUCGGGUAAUAGAAAAACAAACAAAAAGAAUAGGGUGGAAGUAAUAUUUGUGGCCACUGCUCCAUUUUUGGACAUUUAUCAUAAGAGACCCAGUAUCUCAUCAGGGAACUAGUACCCGAGCACUUAUAUGUUUGUAUAUAUUAUCUAUUGAAGUGAUUCGUUUUGAACGAGCAUUUUUGUUCUCCCGCAGCGAAAUAUUAAUGUGUAUAAAAAAAAAAAAUUCUCUAAAACUUUUAGCCCUUAAUCUUACUUCUAAAUACUUUCAUUUUGAAUUUUAAGUUUUUUCAUUUAAAACGUAUAGGAAAUCUAAAUAUUUUUGUUAAAUUCUCUAAUGCUCAGUCGUAUUGCAAGUUAUCGGGUAGAAAAAUUACUUUCAGUGCCAAUACAGAAAAAAACAAUUAGACUCACAGUAAAAUUACUAUGAAAACUUUUGAAGAGCGUUAAACUGACUACAAAAUGCCACAAACGGUGACCCGAUAACUUGAAAUGCGGCUGAGCAUUAGAGAAUUUAAAAAAAAUAUUUAGAUUUCCUAUACGUUUUAAAUGAAAAAACUUAAAAUCGAAAUGAAAGUAUUAAGAAGUGCGAUUGAGGGCUGAAAUUUCGGAAAUUUUUUUUUUUUUAUGAGACUGAAACUAGCAGCUACACGUGAGCAGCCGAACUCAAAUCUUCAGGGGCGAAACUGAUAUUUCGGGCCCCGGGUGUAAAAAAAAAUUAUUGCAAGAUGACGUUGGUAGUGUAGAUUAUAAGGCAUUGGAAUAUAACUCGAGUGAUGGUAGGCUAAAAAACAGCGAAGACCACAAGCCCUAGUAUGAACUUUACGAUAUGGGCAGCAAAUGAAGUAUAUGAAAAAAAAUGUACAAAAAAUUGAGAAAUUUAUGAAAACAUCAGACAAACAAAAAAACAAAAAUUUUGCAAGUAUGAAUAUUAAACUAAUUCAUGAAGAUUUUCAGUAAAAGCCUAUUAGAUAGAAUUAUUGUUAGGCCGUGUUAUACGCCAAUUGUUUACAGAAUAUCAAUCAAAAAAAUGUUAUUAACUGUGCUAAGUUGCGAAUUAAUGAUUCAUGAAUAAGUAAAUUGUUUUAAAUUCUGAACGGCAUGCUACCGAUAAACUCAUAGAAAAAACAAAAAAAUAUUCAGAAUUUUUUUAAGAUCGUUAGCUAAACUAUUGUUUAUAAUUGUUGUUCCGCCAAUUUUGAAUACAAAAUAUCUUCAAGACAUCCAUCAAAAGUCCUGUAACGAGUAAAAUUUGGGUUAAUUUAAAUUAUUAAAUUAAUUUUGGAAACAAAACAAAACUAAUGAAGAAAUUAAAUCAGUUCAAUUUUAAAUAUACCAGAAAAUCAGAAUUUGCUUAACCUUAAAUAGAAGAUUAAUUAGCAAUUGAAAAUUAUGAAUAGCAGCUACCCCUUCUGCUCGGAUUUAGCUCGCCGGAGUCCAUGGUUGAAAAGGGGUCUUCGAAAUACAGACAGUUUUAAUGAGAACAAUAAACAACUUUAUUCAAAACAAAAUCUUUAUACAUGGGCUUCGAGCCCCGUUCUACUACUUUUACACUAAUAAUCACGGUUACGCGGUCAAUUAACGACUUCCUCGUCGUUCACACAUACAAUCACGCACACAUCACAAUUUACGCGGGCUAAUAUCGUGGUUCUACCCUUUCCCGGGUGCCUCGGGGUGUCUGGUCGACUUCCCCUCGGCCCUGUACGAAUCCCCUCCCAGAGGGUAAGCGAAUGGUCUCCGUCAAAACCCCCACCUACUCGGAUAAGUUCGCCUACCACCCUUUGGCAGAAGGCCUCGAAGUGGGGACCCUCAACCCUCCCAAAGAGAGUAAAACUUCGCUUACUUGGUCCGGUCGGACUCCUGGAAAAAGUGCUUCCUUCGUGUUGACUGGGAAUGGUCUUCCUCUGAACACUCUCCUGGGAGACUAAGUUGCCUCUACGGGCCUUUAUGAGCGGUUUUAUUACUUUACCUAUCCGCCGCAAGCGUGAACAGAAUAAUUUCCUUCGCCCUCUAUCAUUGUCCGCGAAAGCAUCGUGACAGUAAAAUUAUUCCAAGUCCAAAGUGACAAAAUCAAAGGGAAUUGGAAAAAAGCAACUCGAUCCAAAGUAAAAUAUGAAACGAAAAAAAAAGAAUGCGUUUAAGAGUGUAACGGGUAAAAUUGGGUUUUAAAAAUAAACUAUAAGAGGAGUAAUUAAUUGGUUGAUUAAUAUCGAAGAAAACGUCAAAUCAAUUUUAUAUCUCGCCAGAAACUCGGAAGUUAGACGAACCAGGAUUUGGAUUGAAGAAAUUAGUGAUUAAAAAGUAUGACUAAUUUUAAUCCACAAGAAAAUUAAUUAUUAGAAUCAUUAAUUAAUUAAAAUUGAAGGUACAAAUUAUAAACUACCCCUUUUGCUCGGUUUAGCUCGCCGGAGUCCAGGGUUGAAAAGGGGUCUUUUCAAUAUAGACAGUUUUUUUUUAAUUAAUCAAUCAACAAAAACUUUAUUUAAACAAGAAAAAGAAAAUUUUUUUCAAAAGAAAGAAAACACAGAUUUAAACAAAAAAAUAACCUAGGAUUUAUUUUAAAUAAUUUACAAUGGCUUCAAGCCCUGUUCUACUACCUCUUACAAUAAUUAACAUCAAUAAUUAAACGCGGUUUUUAUAAUGUAUAAUCACGGUUUGUUGUUAUUGAGACAAUUUAUCACGGUUUACGCGAUCAAGUAAUAUACAAUACACACAUACUCAAAAUUUCGCGGUCUACAACGCGGUUCUACCCCCUUCCGGGUGCUUCAGGGGAGUCUGGUCGACUACCCCGUCGGCCCUAUACGAACUCCCUUCCCAGAGGGUAAGUGGAUGGUCUUCAGCAAACCCCCACCUACGCGGAUAGUAUCACCUACCACCCCUUGGCAAAAGGCCUUGGAGUGGGGUCCCUUAAACCUCCCGGAGAGAAUAGAUUACGCUUACCUGGCCCGGUCGGACUCCUGGUAAGUGACUUCCUUAUGGUUGACUGGGAAUGACCUUCCUGGACAAUCUCUCUGGACACUAAGUUCCCUCUACGGGCUUGUAUGCGCGGUUUUAUUAUCAUAUCUGUCCGCUGUAGAUAUGGACGGGAAUAAACUCCAUCGCCCUCUAUUGUCGUCAGCGAAAGUAUACUGUUUGUAAAAUUUUUUAAAUCCAGAGUUAUAAAGUCAAAGGAAAUUGAGAAAAAAUAAUUUUAUCAAAUGUAAAACUGAUUUUAAAGAAAAGGAAUUCGUUUAAGAUGUUAAGUAAAUACUAAAUACCGAGAACUUAGCCGUGCAAGCGACGGUGAACCGGGUGAAUGGAUAAAAAAUGAAGGAAUGAACGAUUGAAAUAUUAGAGUUGAUUUCAAUUUCACCUAUUAUUUCUCGUAUUUCGCCUUAUUUUAUAUUUUUUUUCGAUCUCUUGAAUCUUUUAAAAGAUUUAUUUGAAAUCUCUAUCGGCGAUUUUAUUUUUUUCUUUGACUUUACCUGCUCGGGACUUGUAAGAUAAUUUUAGGACUUAUAGAACAAUUUUCGCUCGGGCGCGCAUUCACAUACUUAUACAGUACAUCCAUAUAAUUUUAUAUUUCACUAAAUUCAU